AUUUUUAAAGUGUUAAAGUAUUUUCUUUGUGUUUAAAUAAUUAAGUGGAAUAGGCAAAAUAUCAGUGACUUUCUAAAAAAUUACGAACACUAUCCACUUCUUUGGAAUGUAUACGAGAAGUUGCAGAAGACGUCGGAAUAUCUUAUGGUUCGUGCCAAGAAACACUAACCAAAGAAUUGGGUAUGAACUGAAUCGCUGUCAAAUUUUUUCCUCGCCUCUUAUCCGAUUAACAGAAACAAAACUGAAAGACUAUCGUGUGAAGAAACUUAGAUUUACGGGUAUGAUUGAAAUCAAGCAUCAAUCAUCACAGUGGAAGUUAGCAAAUUCUAGACCAAAAAAAAGCAAGACAGAAGUCAUGAGAAGAUUACGUGAAAGUGUUAGGAAAAAAAGGCCAGAAAGUUGGAAAAGUUGUUCUUAGAUGUUGCAUCACGAUAACACUCUGGCUUACAGCUCAUUGCUCAUUUGUCAGUUUUUAACGAAAAUUCAGACUCAAGUAGUUCCACAACCAUCAUACUCACCGGACUUGGCUACGUGCGACUAAUAAAUAUU